GUACUUACAACGUGAAGCACGACAAUGGUAUAGAAAUACGAGCUUAAUAAUAAUCCAAUAACCCUAUGCCCGCAACUUUUGUAACUUUCUCUUUUUCUUUACUUGUUUGAUAAGCAUCUAAGUCUAUCAAGUCGUCUUCAAUAUCUAAUGGUUUUCUAUCAAGUCGUAUAAGAAACGUUGGUUUAUCUUCUUAAUUUUGUGCUCUUGACUGCUCACUGGAGGUACGGGAUGUGUUGCUAAUUGAUUCCCUUACUUAUUAAGAAAUUAGUACGAAGUAAGUAUUAAUAUAACUUAGUACAUGAAAAAAAGAUGAGGAGGAAUAAAGCAGCCUUGCAACCCACAGGGGUGUUGUGAGCGUCAAAAAGGGCUACAGGUUUGCUUGGUUGCCGCCUUGCAUAGCGGCGACCCAAAGGGUCGCUGCCCCUCACGAAUCUUCGUGAGGUAUUGUUUUGCUGUGACAUUCUGGAUCAGGCAGAUUCGUGGUUGGCUUACUUGGCUUGGGAUGUAUACGAGUGCGACAGCUUGCCUUAUAAGUUGCGCUUUAGAUCCUGAAUCGUACGUUAGCGUUCCGAACUGACGACGCAUUCUGAAGAAGAAAGCCUUCAUAUCGUUGAAGCGUUCCUGUGGUGCCUUCUGCGCAGACGCAGAGGAAGGGAACAAGUUCCUGUUGGUCUCGCACACCUUUCGUCGUAAUCCAAGAUUGGCGAUCAUCUUCAUCGAGGGGUCAGCAUCUUCCGGUCCAAAUAGUAGAACCAGAAUUUUUACAACAGCAGCUUGACGUUAUAACAACGAUUGAAUAAUCAAGCAUUCGAGCAACAUCAACGAUGACGCCUGAUGACGUUAGGGGAGAUUUGGGCGGACAGAAUGCCGACGAAGACGUCGACCUCGAUGACGACGGUCCCGAAGAUCUCAUAUGCAUCAUUGACAAUGGCUCUGCACUCACAAAGGUCGGUAUGUCGUCAGACGACGUACCGGUUAAGGUAUUGAUUUUUUUAUUUGAUCGUGUACUAGGUGUACAUGUUCAUGUACAUGUAGACGUAGAUGUACUCAUAAAUAUUAUUCGACUCUUUGCUUACGCUUCUAUCAUACUCGAAGUUGUUGCGCCUUAUACCCGAAGUUGUUGUACCUGCAUCUGUAGUUAUUUAUGAGCAGUCCUCAAUGAGUCUUAUUUUCUGAAAUCACCGUAUUCGUAUUCAGGUAUUUCCCACCGACGUGGGAAUACCACGAAGGCGACAUCGAAAAAAGUGCGAUAGGGACUUCUACUGCGGGGAUGAGGUGACAGAGAAUCAAGAGUACCUCUCCGUUUCACAUCCCGUAGAAGGAGCAAUAAUAUUAAGGCUAGUGGUGCUGCUCAUGUGCUUCUCACUAAAAGAAAGAGCCUAUUCGACCUAUGAACUAGAACUAGUAGAUGUCCUCAUUAUCACUCGCCUACCUGUAAUCCUAAUCAUACCUCUUGUGUCCUCUAAGACCAGAAAAUUUCCAGCAUAUAGAAAUGUUGUGGGAUUACAUCUUCGUGGACGUGUUGCAGAUCCAGCCAGAGAACCAUGGGGUUCUUUUGACCGAAGCACCCUAUAAUCCGAAGCCCAACAGGGAACGCACAGUGGAGCUUAUGUUCGAGGCCUUUGGUGUAAUUUUUAUACUCACGUUUUGGGGCUCUCAAAUUUAGGGUGUGAUUUUUACGGUGUUCUGGUUCUUCUGGUAUUUGAGCUGAGUAAAGGUUGGAGGUGGCACAGAAACAAAUAUGGUUGUUGUUGUAUGAUCUUCUUCAACUUCAGCAGGUACUCUUCCCAGCAGGAAUUCAAUCUUUAUGCUCCCCAAAUAGUAAAUAACCAUGCACCGACGUCACCAGGUUCCGAGUCUUUCCAUUAGGAUACAGGGCGUCCUUGCCCUUAUGGGCCAAGGCAGGACGACGGGCCUAGUCUUAGACGCUGGAGCAGGGGUCACGCAUGCUAUUCCAAUCUUAGACGGCUACGGAAUGCCGUACAACAUCAAGAAGAUGCACUGCGCGGGUAAGUACGUAUGUGAUAAAUGCUUGUUUCUGUCUUGUACUAGUACUACUGUAAAAGCCUGCUAGGGCUAAAUCUCGAAGAAGUUGAAGGAAUUAAAUACAGUGCUUUUUUACAAGGUACUGUAUCUAGCCUUCUCGUAGAUGAGAUUACAAGACUAGUAGUCUCAGUACUUAUAUUUAAUGCUGUAACUUUAGUACAAUGUAAACAGUUGCCAAUACACACCACUCCAACCCCAUACCCCAUACCCAGGCCGUGAACUGGACGUGUAUCUAGCGAAGUUGCUGGCGAAAAACGCUUAUCCCAUGUCAACGUCGUUCAGAAGACGAGAGGUGGUAAAGAUGAAGGAAGUCUUGUGCUACGUAAGUUAAGGGAAAGGGUUACGAAUUGACUCAAGCUGCUUGAACAAAGCUGCUUGCAUCCAACAGGAGUACCUUGUUUUCUAUGAAAUUUCUUUUAAAGAAUACUUCAAGAACAGGGUUACUUCUACAGUUGUACUCACAAUUUCAUUCUAUGUGUAAUUCAUUGGAAAUUAGCAGUACUAGUAGUGAGUAGGAUCAUUCUCUCUCUCUGAAGACCAACAUCUAGACUACAAGGAUAUGAAAAGACCACUUACUACGAGGGUCUACAACUUUAAUAUAAUACUUAAAGUAGGAAAAUUAUAGGCCGCUGUCAUCCCCAGUGACUAUGGGCCCAAAUGAAGAAGUGCUUCUAAGUUACUAUGGACCCAAAUGAAGAAAAGGUGCUAAAGGCAGCCCAGUACCGCAUGCCUGAUGGGGAACGCAUCGAAUUACACGACGAAUGCUGGAAGUGUCCGGAGGCGCUAUUUAAUCCGGGAUCGGUACUAUAUGAUUAGAUUUGUGCCUGGGACACCACUAAGAUCUUCAAUAGUCCUCUCUCGAUGAGAGCUAGUACACGACACUUACAAAGAUCAGUAGGUACCCUCUAGGUAAAGUAAGCUAGUACACGACACUUACAGAGAUCAGUAGUCCUACAAGCGGUCACGAAAAAUACUUUUAUCUUGGUAGAGUAAUCCAUCGAAACCGUCCGAAUGAAAAUAUCAGCUUGGCAUCGAAGCAGAAGCGGGCGGAGUAGCGGGUUUGAUAUGGGAUUGCGUGGGUAGUUGCGAGAUAGAUGCAAGGCGCCCAUUAUUGCAGAAUAUCGUGUUGUCUGGUGGCAGCACUAUGUUCCGAAAUUUCGACGCACGAUUAUCCCGUGAAUUGAUGUUAUGGAGGACUUAGACUUCUAGAAGGAGAAAAUAGAUUGUUUCCGUGAUGAAUAAGUAACAGUAAGAUGUUUUUGGCGUUCCAGGGCCUUUAUGAUUAUGUAAUAGAACUUCUGAGAAGAUGUAGAUGAGUCAUGGCAGAAUCAUAUUCAUACAUAUGCAAGAAUACGAAUAGUAGCAUCUAUCAAAUUGAAGAGUAUCACACAAACGAAAAAAACUCCGUAAGUAGAACGAACCACUCACUCUAAUGCUGCUCAUGUCCAGUUCGCAGUUACCGACUAGGGUCGUUACGACAGCAACCGAUCGCAAGAACUCUGUGUGGCAAGGAGCGCAGGUCUUCGCGAACCUAGGUACCAUGCAACGCGACCUGUGGAUUACAGCUUUUAUGGAAAAAAGACUAUUCAUUCUUAAAAUCCAUCUUUCUUUGGGUAUCUUGUCUUAACCUAUUUAAUCAAAACAGUAACUCUUAUUAAGUCUAUCAGAGUGCUUGCACCGAAAAAGAUACUAUUUGUUUCUCAGGAUGGAUCUUAAGAAUCGCUCUUCUCUAAGCAUAUGGAUUACGAUGAAUAUGGCGCUGGAUACAUACACGAAAAAGUUCUCAUGAAAUACUCGUAGAGGAUGAGGGGUUGGAGCUCGGACAAAAUAAAGAAUCCUCUGCCUCGUCUGGCAACUUCAUCGUGACGAUUAUAUUUGAGUAUUGAAGCGCAAGCUUUUUCUUUUAUUUCAACAAAUAUUGGUUUACUUGUCAAAGACGUUGAUUGUCAUAAGUACGUAUCUAUGGAGGACUUUUACGUCUCCAUUUGCUCCUGUGGGAAUAGGGCCCACACAGGUAAAAUGUCACCAUCUUCCAAGUCAUCACAAAUAUGCGUUAUGACGAUAGGCACCAUCAUGAAUACUUUGACUUGGACAUCAUCCUGAUUCGAGUUUUCGGACGCUGUACCUUUGUUUACAACGAACUAUCGAAAAAUUUGCUAGCUUCUGAAUCUGAAUCUGAUUUUCUCUCUCACUUUGUCAAUGUCUAUGUUUACCAUAAUAGAGAAGCCAAGUCGUCUAGACUUGUUGUUGGGUGAAAUUCAUUAUUCGCUCUCUUGUACUAGUAUGUCGUUGUUGACAUAUUGUCGUAGUUGUUUCUGCUCGAAUCACGUAGUCGCAUCGCGUGAUUGGUGCUAUGACGUCGCAUUCUUGAGUGGCUUUUCCUAGGCUUUUUCCAACAAAAGUUUGGGAAGGUACUAGCCUAUCAGCAACGCGACUCCCGAAGAUACCACUACGAGGAAAUGAAGGGGAGAAAGAAACGAAGUUCACCGCGAAAGUUAUGUUGAAGAAAAC